UAGAUUCAGGUGUGUUGGACCAGGGACACAUCUAAAGGUUUGAGGACACCGGCCCUCGAGGACUGGAGUUUGACAUCCCUGCUUUAGAGAGAAACGAUCCACAGAGAAAGUCUGGAAAAUUAGACUGUUUUCAGCAAGUGGAAGAACUGGAGUAUUUUAUCAGAACCAGUUUCUCAUAAGCCUCCAUAAGCAGGAUUCUACCAAGAAACUGUACAUCUCAUCCACUGGAGGGAGCCCAAGAAGUCGGCGGCGGCGUUCAGCUUGUCCUUGAUGGUCCUUGUUGCCGUGGCGACGCUGUCAGUCAUCAGUGUGAUGUCCUACCUGUUGCUGGCCUGUCUCUGCAUCACCAUCACCUUCAGGGUUUACAAAUCUGUGAUCCAGGCGGUCCAGAAGUCCGACGAGGGACAUCCGUUUCGGUCUCAGUUGGACCGGGACAUGUCCGUGUCCUCUGAGUCGGCCCGGCAUCUAGCCGAGCAGUGCCGGACACAUUUGAACUGGUUCAGCGUCCAGACCAGGAGGCUGCUGCUGGUGGAAGACCUGGUGGACUCUCUGAAGCUGGCAGCGGUCAUGUGGCUGAUGACGUACAUCGGUGCGGUGUUUAACGGCGUCACCAUUCUGAUCCUUGCUGAUGUCGUCUUCUUCACUACGCCGCUGAUCUACUGGAAGAAGAAGAGUCAAAUUGAUCGACACGUAGAGCUGCUUCGGUCCAACCUGGAGAAGGUCCUGCAGAGGUUGCAGGACAGGUUACCUGGAGCUGUAAGGUGGACCAAGGCUGAGUGACACCCGGUGAUCUUCUUCCUUCCUUUGAAUAGCCCAAUUCUCAGCUGAUUCUGAAGAAAUAAAGAGUUCUGAUAAACCA